AAGCAGUAGGGGGCGGUGUUGCAUUUUGACAUUUGUUGAAAUCAAUGGAGACUUGCAGCGUUUCUAGGAAAUAACCUCCAUGGAAAUAACAUGACUCUGAAUGUUCAAAUUUAUGUAUAACAUUUAACUACUUUUAUUCAAACAUGUUCCGGACAUUAUGUCGGACCGGCGGCGCUGUUUUUAAGAACUCCCAGCAGACUGUGCCCAGGCUGUGGGUGGAUCUAGCCCAGCAACGAUGGGCCUCCCGCUUACCCAUCAACACUGUGGUCCUGUUUGUGCCGCAGCAGGAGGCCUGGGUGGUCCAGAGGAUGGGCCGCUUUCACCGGAUCUUAGAGCCGGGACUCAACAUCCUCCUUCCUAUACUUGACAAAGUUCGUUAUGUGCAAAGCCUUAAAGAGAUUGUUAUUGACAUUCCCGAACAGUCAGCUGUGUCCCUUGAUAACGUGACUCUGCAAAUUGACGGAGUCCUUUAUUUGAGAAUCUUGGAUCCUUUCAAGGCUAGUUAUGGUGUGGAGGAUCCAGAAUAUGCUGUGACUCAGCUUGCACAAACCACAAUGCGUUCAGAACUGGGCAAACUCACGCUGGAUAAAGUGUUCAGGGAAAGGGAAUCUCUUAAUUCCAACAUCGUCCGCUCCAUCAACCAGGCGUCAGACGAUUGGGGCAUCCGCUGCCUGCGUUAUGAAAUCAAAGAUAUACAAGUUCCACCUCGUAUUAAAGACUCAAUGCAGAUGCAGGUGGAGGCUGAGCGCAAGAAGAGAGCCACAGUGCUGGAGUCUGAGGGGACACGGGAGGCGGGAAUCAACGUCGCAGAGGGUCGCAAACAAGCCCAAAUCCUCGCUUCAGAGGGACAGAAGGCUGAGCAGAUAAACAGUGCAGCCGGUGAGGCCCAAGCUGUGUUGGCCAAAGCCGAAGCCAAAUCUAAGGCCAUUCGUCUGCUGUCAGGUGCCCUGGCUGAGCAGAACGGAAAUGCCGCAGCCUCACUGAGUGUUGCCGAGCAGUACGUCGCUGCUUUCUCCAACCUCGCCAAAGAGUCCAACACUUUGCUUCUGCCCUCCAACGCUGGGAACAUUAGUGGAAUGGUCACUGAGGCGAUGACCAUUUACAGCACGCUGGCUAAACAAAGCCCAAAAGUGGAGAGCUUGACAACAGAUGAACUGAGUGAAGAGCCUCCAGUCGAGUCUACUUCAGCUCAAUUACUCUAAACUGUAGGCACACAGAAAAAAAAGAGGAUUUCCACAAUAAUGGAGUACAAUGGCACUACUGUGUGGACUCCCUCAGUGUCUGGUGCAAAGGGCACUCUAUCUACUGCAGGGCACAGGAUGUCGCGACAGGAACGGCACUGGAUAAAGAGACAAUGUCGAGCAAGGACGGCUGGGAAAAGAGAAACUGAGCCACAAAUGAUAUUACUUGUUUUGAUGCUAAAGGGGCCAGUUCACCCCAACAUCAAAAACAUAUUUUUCCUCUUACCUGUAGUGCUGUUUAUAAAUCUAGAAGGUUUUGUUGUGCGAUGUCGGCCUUGUGUCGGCGAUGUCACUCGUGAAGCGGCAAAGGACACGACAGGAAAGAGGAAAAAUGUGUAUUUUUGAUUACGGGGUGAACUGUCCCUUUUUUAAAAUGGACAUUUGCUGGUUGUGAUAUUAUAUAGACCCUCAAACUGUUUUGUUUUCCUGUUUACUUUCUUUAUUGCAUACAACCCUUUAGAAAUAAAGUGACUAAGCGCCUGUAGUUUAAGGAAAAUACAGCUUAAAACACGUCAUUGUAAGUCACUAAGAAAAAAAUAAAAGAGUGAAAGUUUGUUUCAGAGA